AAUAAAAUGACCUCUCUGUUCUCUUUCUUUUUCUCGUUGGCCAUUUGGCUUCUCUGUUUCUCUCUCCGUUGCUUAGAGAUAUUCAACCACGCCCUCAUCCUUCUCCUUCCUCCUCACGCUUCUCUCCUUCUUAUAUAUUCACCAUUUGCAUAAGAUACAGAGACUCCUUAUAUUUCAGUCGAGGCUCAAAGAAAAAGAUACAAUAAAACACACCAUUAACGCAUAAAUGGAGUUCUCGAAUCUGCCUUCUGGCUUUUUCCUUAUUUUGUCUCUGUUUGCUGUUCUUGUUUCUGGGUCUCGAAGAACUUUGCCUAUCAUACCAUUUGAUGAAGGAUACACUCAGCUUUUUGGAGAUGAUAAUCUGGUGAUUCAUAAAGAUGGCAAGAAAGUCCAUCUAUCACUAGAUGAAAGGACAGGGUCUGGGUUCGUUUCUCAGGACCUGUACUUACAUGGCUACUUCAGUGCUUCUAUCAAGUUGCCGCCUGAUUAUACUGCUGGAGUUGUGGUCGCUUUUUAUAUGUCAAAUGGUGAUAUAUUCGAGAAUAACCAUGAUGAGAUUGACUUUGAGUUCUUGGGCAACAUAAGAGGCAAAGAUUGGAGAAUACAGACAAAUAUUUAUGGUAAUGGUAGCACAAGCAUUGGCAGAGAAGAAAGGUAUAGCCUCUGGUUUGACCCCUCCGAUGAUUUCCAUCAGUACAGCAUUCUCUGGACCAAUUCCCAGAUCAUAUUUUAUGUGGACAAUGUUCCCAUUAGAGAGGUGAAGAGAACAGUGUCAAUGGGGGGUGAUUUUCCUUCGAAGCCAAUGUCUCUGUAUGCAACAAUAUGGGAUGGGUCUGAUUGGGCUACCAAUGGAGGCAAAUAUAGAGUAAACUACAAAUAUGCACCUUAUGUUACAGAAUUCAGUGACUUUGUGCUGCAUGGAUGUGCUGUUGAUCCAGUUGAACCGACAUCGAAAUGCGAUAUUGCAGAGAGUUCUGAAGCAAUCCCCACUGAUAUCACCCCCUUGCAAAGAAUUAAAAUGGACAGUUUUAGGACAAAGUAUAUGACAUAUUCCUACUGCUAUGAUCGAGCUCGAUACAAGGUUCCUCCAUCUGAAUGUGUUAUUAGUCUCCAAGAAGCUGAACGACUAAAAACAUUCGAUCCUGUUACAUUUGGAGGAGGCCGGCGCCACCAUGGGAAACGCCAUCGCCGGAGCCGAUCAAGCCAUGCUGAGGCCAUUUCCAUUUAAAGAAGAUGCAACACUUGCAUCAUCAUUGCAUAAUGUUGGGUAUCAGUUAUUUUUUGUGAAUAGAGAGAGAGCAUAGAUUUCUAUUGAGGGUGGUAUGUGUAUAGUUCCAUAGCUUUAGUUUUCCAGUUGUUUCUUUUAUGCUUUUAUAAUUGAUGUUGUCUCAUGAUGAGCUUGAGAAAUUGAAUUUGGUGAUUAUUUCUGUGUUUUUGAGGCACCAUCGUGGUUUCAAUAAAUAAUUUUUUUUUUUUU